UGGCAACCGGGAGAGACGCACAGGAGGCGACACAGACGUACUCCAGGGAACUAACCAUGUCUUUCAAGUUUUGACAAAAGUGUCUGUUAUUUUGGAAAAGAGUGACACUGCGGUCAGGACAUACUGUUCAUUGGGGACAUGGCAGUGUAUUUUGACCAUCGUAUAGAAGCCCCCGAAAGCAGUGAUGUACCAUCUCAGUUGACAUGGCACUCAACUAUUCCUAUAUUGGCUGUGGCCUCAAUCAGGCCUGGAACUGGAGGCAAUGUAGACCUCUACCUGCAGCAGGGAGAGUAUGUGGAGAGUUGUCAUGUAGAACGCCCUCACCAGCCCACUGUGCUGCAGUGGCAUCCUUCAAAGACAGUGUUGGCAUUGGGCUGGGAGAAUGGAGAGGUAGUGCUGCUCACACACCCCUCUGGAGAUCAAACAGUGCUACCCAGUCUACAUACAGCCCGCAUCACCCUGCUUGAGUGGAGUAGCUUCGGUAGUCGCUUGAUAACUGGUGAUCAGAGUGGAGCUCUAGCAGUAUGGAGGGUAGAUGCCAGAGGGAAACUUCAAGGAAACCAUCUAGUAAAGCACGAGUAUAGCAAACCAUUAACUUGCUGCAUCUUCAGACCUGCUUCACCUGGGGAUGAUGUGGCAAUGCUAGCUCGUGCAUCUGUGAGUGGAGAUGAGAAUGCUCUAGAUAUGUUCAGCUGGAAGGGAGCCCCUCUGAAGAUGGGUCCUCAAGAGCGACUUGCAUUCUUUGUCAGCACUGCUGAUGGUAAAGUCCAUAGUGUGAAUGAACAUUGUAAGACGUGCACACUAUUCAGUGUAGAAGGUUCCAUCAAGAAACUUUUCUACCUUGAGAAGAAAGAGGCCCUUGCAGUGAUCACUGAGACCCUCAUGCUGUCACAGUACAUGCUGGGACCUGAAGGAGUAGCACAGGAGUUUAUGAAGGUAAAGUUGAGCACCAAAUCUGGGGAGAGUGUAGAUAUUGUUUGGACUGAGAACAGCCUCCUUAUCACAUCGACAGGAGAACAGAUCAUCAGGUUGUGGGAUCUGGACAAGGAUGAGAACUAUAUUUUGUCUCUUGAUGAGACUCUGGGGUUUGAGAGGGGAGAGAUGAUCAACUCUAUUUCAUACUGUGCAGCAAAGGAAAUCCUAGCAGCUGGUACUUCCCAAGGACGCAUAGCAAUUUGGAGGAUGGUAGUGCAACCAAGAAGCAGCAGAAGGGACACCAAGUAUCUGUGGAAAUUACAAACCCCCACUGAAAUAGAGGGAAAUGUCACUCUUCUACAGUGGGGCUCCAGCUUGAAUCUGUUGGCAGCUAACAAUUCAAAGACAGUGCUGAUCCUUUGUGAGCAUAUGAUGUCAGCCCACUUCAGUCAGCAGGUGGCAGCAGUGCAACUUACCCCAACACAGCUCAGCAUCUCUAACUUCAGCACAGGAGUGCACCUUGCUCUUCAGUCUGACAUGCACAUCAAAGGAGUGUGUGUUACCAAGGACUCAGUAACAGUCUGGAAUGGCAAACUAGUCACCGUCUAUGAGCUUUCAGGGACAGUGUUGCGGAGUACAGGAUCAUUUCCUUGUGAGUCCCACGUGGUAGCUGUGCAUGGUGAGAACCUCUACACUGUGGAACCAAACAGGGUGCAAAUCCGUACGCCGCAGGGCACAGUUAAGCAGCUUUUAACUUUUACCAAGGCAGAGGGAAAUCCUGUGCUGCUGAAUGUGUGCCAGUCCUUUCUGGUCGUAGGUACAGACACAGCACACAUUAGAGUUUUCGAACUCUCUAGAAGGGAUGCCAAAGCUCACAGCAGUACUAAAAACUUGGCUGACCAGAUCUGCAAUCUGGGAGCUCUGAGGUCGGUCAAGUGUAACGCUAAUGGAAGCCAAGUCAGCAUCGUAAUCACUCAGGUUAACGGACGGCCAGAUCAUAAAGUCUACUUUUAUGACAUUGAGAUGGACACUGUGACACAUUUUGACUUCUUCACUGGCAGACCGUCCAGUGGCAUCUUACAGCCAGAGGAUAAUGAAAAGCAGCAGAUCCGGGGAUCUGAACUGAGUGGUCUCUGUCCUGUGUCUCAUUUCUGGGAUGAGAGCGAACCUCGACUUUUCGUUUGUGAGACGGUACCUGUUGGAUCUGAAUCUUCAUCAGUGGGUCAUUUGGAUAUGGUGGAUGUGUUGGUGGUGACGCUCUUCUGUACACAGGAGCAUGGACUCCUCCUGCAGGACUGCUAUCACAAACCUUCAGGCCUACAAGCACUGCUUGCUCUUGAUGUGCCCUACUAUUAUUUCAGCUGCAAGCCAGGUGAAAGGGAUCCAGUUGAGGCCCCACCACCUUCACAACAGACCCAGCCUGUAAAAGGAGCACAUGCCCAGUUCCCCCAUAUGGUAUCCAGGCGAGCUCUGAGAGACUUUGUGGGCCUGGAGAACUGUGAGAAGACCACUCGUGAUGCCAUGCUCAACUUCAGCUUCUACCUGACCACUGGUGAUAUGGAUGAGGCUUUUAAGUCUAUCAAGCUCAUCAAGAGUAAAGCGGUUUGGGAAAACAUGGCUCGGAUGUGUGUGAAAACGCGCCGGCUGGACGUAGCACGCGUGUGCCUUGGGAAUAUGGGGAAUGCCAGGGCAGCAAAAGCAUUGAAGGAGGCGGAGGCUGAACCUGAACCAGAUGCCCGAGUGGCGAUGCUGGCUGUACAGCUUGGCAUGCUGGAAGAUGCAGAGCAGUUGUACAAGAGCUGUCAACGCUUUGACCUGCUGAACAUUUUCUACCAGGCCUCGGGCCAGUGGCCGCAAGCUUUGGAAACGGCUGAAAUCCACGAUCGCAUACAUCUGCGCACUACCUACUACAAUUAUGCCAAAUAUUUGGAGUUCAUGGGCGACAAGACACUGGCCAUUGCUUACUAUGAGAAAUCAGACACGCAUAGAGUUGAGGUGCCCAGAAUGCUUCAGGAUGAUACGUCAUCUCUAGAAAUUUACGUUACCAAAAUGAAAGACAAGAGCAUCUACAAGUGGUGGGCCCAGUUUCUGGAGAGCCAGUCAGACAUGGAUUCAGCACUGCAUUUCUACGAGUCGGCUCAGGAUUUCCUCUCCCUGGUUCGAGUUCACUGCUACAUGGGCAACAUCCAAGAGGCAUCUCAAAUAGCCAAUGAUACAGGUGACAGAGCAGCAUCGUACCACUUGGCCAGACAUUAUGAGAGCCACGAUGACAUCAAACAAGCAGUCCACUUCUAUACACGAGCUCAAGCCUACAACAAUGCUAUACGACUUUGUAAGGAGAACGGUCUUGAUGACCAGCUGAUGAACCUGGCUCUGCUCAGUAACCCAGAAGACAUGAUGGAGGCCGCCUGUUACUAUGAAGAGAAAGCCACCCACGUGGACCGAGCUGUCGCAUUGUACCACAAGGCUGGUUAUGUCUCCAAAGCUCUAGAGCUGGCCUUUGCCACUGAGCAGUUCUCUGCACUUCAGUUCAUCGCAGAUGAUCUUAAUGAGAACUCUGACCCAGCCCUCCUAGCUCGCUGUUCUGAUUUCUUCAUCAAACAUUCCCAGUAUGAGAAGGCGGUGGAAUUACUGGUUGCAGCCAAGAAGUACCACCAGGCACUGGAGGUGUGUCUGACCCAGAACCUGACUAUCACAGAGGAGCUGGCUGAGAGAAUGACUGUAACUGACUCAAAGGAUUUGUCUGAAAAUGCCCGCAAGGAACUCCUUGAGCAGAUAGCUGACUGCUGCAUGCGUCAGGGUAGCUACCACCUGGCCACAAAAAAGUACACACAGGCAGGAAACAAACCCAAGGCAAUGAGGGCACUCCUCAAGUCAGGUGACACAGAGAAAAUAGUGUUCUUUGCCAAUGUUUGUCGUCAGAAAGAGCUUUUCAUCAUGAGCGCCAACUAUCUCCAGUCUCUGGACUGGCGUGAAAACCCAGAGAUCCUAAAGACAAUCAUUGGUUUCUACACUAAAGGCAGGGCGCCAGACCUGCUUGCUGGCUUCUAUGAAGCUUGUGCUCAGGUGGAGAUUGAUGAUUACCAAAAUUAUGAGAAGGCUCUGGAUGCUUUGACAGAGGCUUUCAAGUGUCUCUCAAAAGCAAAGGACACUAUAGGUGGACAACAGGAAGUAAGACUGGCUGACCUGCAGCAUAAGAUUACCCUUAUCAAGAAGUUUGUACAUAUACGCAGGCUGUAUGUUGACGAUGCAGAUGAAGCUGUGAGGUUAUGUGAGGCCCUGCUGGAGGAGCCAGAGUUGGACCCUGCUGUCAGGAUUGGAGAUGCAUAUGGUUUCCUCAUUGACCACCACUGUCAACAAGUCAACUUUCCAGUGGCCUGCCGUAAGCUGGAGGAGCUCCAGAAGCUGCUGCCAUCACAAAACGUCAGGUACUACAUCAACCAGACUAGCUUAAAGGCCCUGCAAAAGGAGAUGGGUGUACUCAUGGAACGUGGUGACUCCAGACACAAUGUGAGGGAGGAGGAUGAAGUGGAGGAGGAAUUAAACGAGUCCUAAUUCUCUUUCAUCAACACUUUUUCCAAGAAAACAGUCUCAAAUGUGACUAAACAUUGUUGUAGACUCAUCUUCAGAUCGAUCUUUAUGGUUAUCUUGUCUGGUACCAUGGAUUUUUUACAGAUCUGAUGCAAGUAUAUUCUGUGUCAAAACUUGUAUCCCUAUUUGAGUAUUUUGCAGCUAUUUUGAUAAUUAUCUCUAUUAAUAUCAGAAGUUGAUUUUCUUUGUACAUUUUGAAGUU